AUGGUGCUUUUGCUGUCCAAUUUGAGCAGCCCCGCGUCGCUGAUCAAAACUCUUUCUCGGAUCCAUGCCGACAAGGCUGUCGCCAAUAGAAGGCAGAGGCAACUGGCCGACCGAGCAAGACUUGGUCGUCUCUUAUUGCCGGGUGAUGUUGUGGGUUCCCAUUCUGACGCAAACGAGUACGAUACGCAGGUAUCAGAUAAUGACGCUGAAGAAGACAGUAUCCCUGGAAUGGACAUUUCGUAUAAGCUGCGUAAAUCUGUAUUCCGCUUGGGUGAGGGCCUAAAAGCACAGGCAGAUGCCAAUGAGUCGCGCCUCGUCUUUGAUUUCACAGCACUUACCUUUGACAAGGAUGAUAUACAAGACGACGUCAAAGUCCAAUCGCGGAUAGAUUUCCUACUUCAUCCCGGCAUUGCAAGAUGUUACUGGUAUAGCCCAGAGAUAGAUGCCGUGAUCGAAGCCGCCACACCAAUAUUUUAG